UGCAUCCCAACCACACCACUAAACCCCAUUCCAGCGAAUCGUGUGCUACAACGCUCACUUCUAAUCCCUUAGUGCCGCGGGCCUGACGAUCUGCCUCUUCCAUUUAAGUCGCUCGGAUUGUCAACGAACGGAAGCGCCCCCUUCCCCAUUCCCUCAGCUCCUCCAUCGAGUCUUGUCCGGCAACAGACAGCAGCAGCCGCCGCUCACUCAAAGUCCGUGCUUCCCACCUGCAAAAAAACGCUCGUCCCCGCCCACGCCCUGGAUGAUCACUACCUGCUUCAGCAUUCACCAUGUUGGCGGUUGAGAAGCACUGGAUUAAUGUACAGCAGAAGACCUUCACAAAAUGGCUUAACGAUAAGCUGAAGGUCCGCAGAAUCUUUAUCGAUGAUCUAGUCGUCGACCUCUCCGAUGGCGUCAUCCUUAUUCACCUCCUCGAGAUCCUCGGCGGCGAGUCGCUCGGCCGCUACGCUUCGAAACCCAAGCUCCGUGUGCAGAAAUUCGAAAAUGUCAACAAGAGUCUCGACUUCAUCAAGGGGAGGAGAAUCCAGAUGACCAAUAUUGGCGCUGAGGAUGUGGUGGACGGCAAUAGAAAGAUCGUGCUGGGCCUGAUCUGGACUCUGAUUCUCCGAUUUACCAUCAGUGACAUCAACGCCGAGGGUAUGACCGCAAAGGCGGGUCUCCUGCUUUGGUGUCAGCGCAAGACUGCUUGUUACGAAGGCGUCAAAGUCCGGGAUUUCUCGACCAGCUGGAAUGACGGUCUGGCCUUCUGUGCGCUUCUGGACAUCCACCGACCGGAUCUGAUCGAUUUCGAGGCUUUGGAUAAGAAGGACCACCGCGGAAACAUGAAGCUUGCCUUUGACAUUGCCUCCAAUGAGAUCGGCAUUCCGGAUCUACUGGAUGUUGACGACGUCUGCGAUGUCGCGAAGCCGGAUGAGAAGUCGCUUAUGACGUACAUCGCCUACUGGUUCCACGCCUUCUCGCAGUUGGAGCGGGUGGAGAAUGCGGGACGUCGGGUCGAGAAGUUCAUCAACAACAUGCAUGGUGCCUGGGAGAUGCAGAAUUCCUACGAGCGAAGGAUGAAGGAGCUGCUGCGGUUGAUUGCCGCGCAACGCGAGGCGUGGAAGACAUCGUCCUUCGAGGGUACCUACAAGGACGCAAAAGAGCAGGCCCAUCAGUUCUCGCUGUAUAAGAGGAACCAAAAGCGCCAGUGGGUGGCCGAGAAGUCGGAUCUUGCGGCUCUCCUAGGGAAUAUCAAGACUAAGCUCAGCACCUAUCGUCUCAAACCUUACGAACCCCCCGCUGAGCUUAGCCUGGAGGUCUGCGAUGAGCAAUGGGAGGGCUUGACACGCGACGAGCAUGAGCGUAGUCAACUCAUCAACGAAACAAUUCGAGAUAUCAAGAAUGCGCUCCGCCGUUCCUUCGCGGACAAGGCAAACGACUUUGCAUUGACGCUUAAGACGCUAUCCCUGGCUAUAUCCGGUCUUGAUGGCGAUGUAGAAGACCAACUAGCCCAUGUCCAAAGACUCAAUGACAAUCUCCCUCCCCUCGACGCCUUUCUAGAUACCAUCGCGGCUUUGGACGAGCAGUGUGCGGAAGCCAACAUUGAAGAGAACGAUUGGACGACAUACACCUUAGAUGAACUCUCCUACGAGUUGAGUCUGGUCAAAUCGAGCAUCUCAAAGAAACUGGCUUUCCUCGACAACCAACUCGUGGCCCGCAACAUGACUAACCUGACUCCCAUUCAGCUGGAGGAAUUCGAGUCGGUCUUCAGACACUUCGAUCGCGACUCCUCCAAUACACUUCUCGAGCUCGAAUUCUCAGCCGCGCUUGCAAGUCUUGGUCUUGUGUACGACGAGGAGGAGAUGCACCAGGUUUACCUCGAGACAUGUGGCCCGGCCCGGUUGGCUCAGAACGCCGGUGUCAGCUUCGAGCAAUUCAUCCAUUUCAUGGUUAGCGUGGUUGAAGAUCAGAAUUCCGCCGAGCAAGUCUUGCAGAGUUUCCGUGAAGUUGCCGAUGGCAAGCCGUAUGUGACCGAACUCGAUCUACGCCACUCCCUGAUUCCCGACGAGGUCAUCGACCACUUGGUACAGACGAUGCCACCCCACCAAGGCCCCGACAUGCAGGAAGAUCGGGAUCUUCCCAAAUACGACUACAUCAGCUUCAUGGGCAAGAUGAUGGAAUACAGCAACGAAACCCAAUCGAAUACACCUGCCAACGGUGAAAGCUAAUCACUGCGUUACUUCUAUUGUUCCCUUGCUUCUUCUUAUUGCAUGAUUGGCUGCAUUGCACACCCGGUGUUCUUCUGUUUCCCUUUCCUUUUUCCAUAUCCAUAUGCUCUUCCGGACAUUGCUGUUGAAGGUUGCGAUCGGUGUUUUCUGGAGCACAAAAGGGAGGGUAUCACGGUUCGUUGUCAUUCCAGAUAUGUACAGUUUUCUGUCUCUGUGUGGGUAGAAGUAGGCUUUUUUACUCUGUGCUCUUAUUAAAGGCCUGAAUAGAAUGUAC